AUGGCGCCCUUGACAACUGCCUCGGACGAAAAGACACACCAAGCGCUGUUGGACAAGCUCGACAUCUAUGCAGUCCCCAAGCCCUUCCGAAACCCAAACUGGAAGCCACCGCAGCGCCGCAACAAGAACCUCAAGCAAAUCCUGGGAGAAGCAUCGCGUAAAGAAGCUUCAGUUAUGGCUACACAGAACAACAGCGGUAUAUCGACACCCGCUGUAGUGGCAGAAGGCACUACACCAGCUGGACGCACACCCAACAUCGCGCAAGCAGCCCAGAGCCUGAGCACUCUAGUACUUGAGAAGAACGGCAGAACUACAGGAGGAAACGUGACGGGUCCUGCGCCUACAUACACAAAUAUCGAAUCUGCGCCGAGCUUCCACCCUAGCAGUCAGAAGAAGUACUGCGACAUCACCGGCCUUCCCGCGCCAUACACGGACCCCAAGACGCGCCUGAGAUAUCACAACAAGGAGGUGUUUGGAGGUAUUCGAACAAUGCCACAGAAUGUCUCCGAGGGCUACCUGGCUGCGCGAGGCGCACAUACAGUCCUUAAAUGA